CUCUCACAUAACACAUAAUUAUGAUAAAAGAGCAGCCUUUAUGGAUACUAAUUCCGGCUAUCAUCGGUUUCCUUCGUCUCUCCAAUUACAUACUAACUUUUGUAAUCUGGGUAUUCAUCACCUUCAUCAGAAAACCCAAAAAUCUGAUAAAAAAUUACGGGUCAUGGGCUCUGGUUACCGGAUCCACAGACGGGAUAGGAAAAUCCAUGGCAAUACAGUUAGCCGAACAAGGGUUAAACCUCGUACUAGUUAGCAGAGAUCUAGGAAAGUUGAAAUUAGUUUCGGAGUUAAUUUUGGGCAAAUAUAAGAAUACCCAGAUAAGAUGUGUGGCGGUGGAUUUAUCCGGCGCCGGCGAAGGAGUGAUUGCGGCGGUUGAGGCGGCGGUGAUGGGUAUUGAUUUGGGUGUUGUGGUGAAUAAUGCAGGAGUGACUUAUGAAGAAGCUAGAUAUUUUGAUGAGGUUGAGGAGAGAGAAUGGAUGAAUGUGGUGAAGGUGAAUUUGGAAGGGACAACUAGGGUUACGAAAGUUGUUUUGAAAGGGAUGAUGGAAAGGAAGAGAGGUGCGAUUGUUAAUGUUGGAUCUGGUGCUGCCAUUGUUGUUCCUUCUCAUCCUUUGUUUGCUGUUUAUGCUGCAACUAAAGCGUAUAUUGAUAAGUUCUCAAGUAGCCUCCACAUGGAAUACAAGGAAUUUGGGAUACAUGUCCAAUGCCAGGUUCCUUUGUAUGUUUCAACAAAGAUGGCAGCAAAAGUUGCAUUCUUGAAAGGCAAUCCGACGAUGUUCGUGCCUUCGUCGGACGACUACGCGAGGGCAGCAAUCCGACGCAUCGGUUAUGAAUCGAGGUGCACCCCUUAUUGGACCCAUUCCUUUCAAUGGUUUCUUGUCUCAUUGUUGCCGGAGUUUGUGAUCGAUGCAUGGCGCCUCUCCAUAGGAAUCCAAAGAAGAGAAAAAGGGAGGAGACACCGAUCACAUAAUAGACUACAUAGUACUAGUUAACUGUUAUUCAAGGUGACCCUGAUCGGAUCUAAUCGAGUCGGGUUUAUGUUUUUCUUUCUUUCUCGAUAUUGUUGGUAAUAAAACAUUACUUUUCAUCAACUUGCUAGUUUGUACUGAUGGUAAAUUCAGCAGAAUAAUACUUAAUUGUU